AUGGAGCGAACAAGCAGCAUGAGGAGAAAGGCCUUGGGUAGGCAACACAAGGCUGAGGUCAUGAUAGCGGGAGAGCAACUCAGGAUGAGGCUCCAUGAUGGCAAACUGAUAAAGGAUCGGAGGUACCACCUGCGCACGUACCCCAACUGCUUUGUGGCCCAGGAGCUCAUAGACUGGCUGGUGAGCCAUAAGGAGGCUUCGGACCGAGCAACAGCCGUUAGCCUCAUGCAGCAUCUCAUGGACAACGACAUCGUCCAUCACGUUUGCGAUAAGAGGCCGUUUUUCAAGGAUGCCAAACUGCUUUAUCGUUUUCGUAAGGACGACGGCACGUUUCCCUUUAAUACAGAGGUGAAAAUCUUCAUGCGAGGACAACAGCUGUAUGAACAAGGCAUGGCUCCCUGUUACGUACAAGCUGUUGAUCCUGGAAGCCCUGCAGCAGCUGCUGGAGUUAAGGUGCGGCAGUUUUUAUGCCAAUCUGCAGACGCAUCUCACGGAGAAAUGUACCAGCUCCCAGUGAACAAUCUCACUAGGAUCAGGAAAGCCAGGAAACAAGUCAAAAAGUCCCUGGAGGACAUUGGAUUGGAGUUCUGCAAAGAGGCAGCAGAGGGUUUUAAAGAAUUUUGUCCAGAUGAUGAAUAUGUAAAAGGCUCUCAGUGUUCUGACAUCUGCGCAUGGAAUCCAUCAUAUUCUAAAAGACAGGGAUACCGUUCGAAACCGUUUUGCUGCACAGAGUGCUCCUUCUCUUCCAGAUACUACUCGGGCUACAAGAAUCACUUCCGCAAUGUACACAGGAAACUCUUUGAGAGUAAAGUCCUGCUCAACUGUCCAUACUGCGCAUUCACUGCCAGCAAGAGAACCCUGGAGGCGCAUGUUAAAAUAUUCCACAUACCCAGUUCAGUGCGACAGAAUUAUAGGAGCCCACAGGGACCUAUUCUGGGAAGGAGUGCAAAUCUUGAAAGUGCCAGACAGGACCAUGGAAUGGAGAAAGCAAUGUACUUUUGUAAAAAAUGCACAUUCCGGGACAGCCUGUACAAUGUGGUUAGAAGACACAUCUACAGAGAACAUUUUCAGCAUAUUGUCUCACCGUAUCUUGGUAGGGUUGCUGAUUCAGCAGUUAAAAACGGCGGCGUUUCCGUCAACGGUAACAACCUUUUUUGCAAGCGGUGUCAGUUUUCCCCUCGCAGCUACGAGGCUCUGGUGCAGCACGUUAUCGAGUACCACGAACACAUCGGCUCACAAGUAACGACCAUGAUUGGACAUGCUAACAUGGUCGUCUCUAGGCCCCAGCCCUUACCGGCCAUGUCUCCCAAGGCUCCCCUGACCAUUAGCAGGGGCCGCACUCUUGGAACGGGCUCAACAGCACAUCCCGUAAUUGGCUAUUUAAAGCCAGUUGCCCCUAGUGUGAAAAAUCAGCCCUUCAUCCCCACCAGUCACAUGCGUGUCAUCGCUCCUAGCAACACCAUAGCUGAAAAUAGUGCGACGGGCAUAAACACGGCACAAACGCAGAAGUGGAAGAUCUGUACCGUCUGCAACGAGCUUUUUCCCGAAAACCUGUACAGCGCUCACUUCGAGAGCGCGCACAAGGCCAAAAAGGUGUGGGCCCUGGCCAAAUACAUCAUGAAAAUCCACAAUUUCACCAGCAAGUGUUUGCUUUGCAACCGCUAUCUGCCCAGCGACACGCUACUCAACCACAUGCUGAUUCACGGGCUAACUUGUCCACAGUGCCACUCGGCCUUCCACAGUGUGGAAAAGAUCAUGGAGCAUACGGCCCAGGCCCACCCCGAGGAUUUUGCCGGACCGCCAGGUGCAGCGCCUCUCACGUUUGAUCUUACCGUUAAACAGGGGAAGAUCAGUAACGUUCAGCUCGCAGUCCUCACUUUCAACAUGAAGGAGCCGGUGAAUGGUCAAGAUCCGCCUGCGCCUGUCCAGAAGAAAUUGACGCCCGCCGGCAGACUCCCUCCCCCUAAAAUGAUCGACAAGCGCAGCGAACCCAGAGGUUUUGUCUCCCUGAUCAACAACCGUGACGUCGGGAAGACCGUGUGCCCACUGUGUUUUUCCAUCCUCAAGGGUCCCAUCUCGGACGCCCUGUCCAUGCACCUGAGGGAGCGACAUCAAGUCCUCCAGACGAUGCACCCCGUGGAAAAGAAGAUGACCUACAAGUGCAUCCAUUGCUUGGGCGUGUACACCAGCAACAUGGUGGCGUCUACGAUCACACUGCAUCUGGUGCAGUGCAGAGCCGUGGGGAGGAGCCAGGCCAGCCAAGGCCUCAAGUCUCCGCUGUCCCUGAACUCAGCCGGGGCCGGCGUGCUCAAAAGGCGGCUGCCGACGCAUGUCGGACCCAACGCCAAGAAGUUCAGAGACCUCAAGCUGGCGGGCAACUUCUGCGGAAACAAAGCCGACUGCGAAGGCCUGGCGCUGGACCCCAGAGGCUACGAGCACAAGACGUACGAGGCCAGGAAAAACUUCCUGACCGCCUACUUCAACGUGCGGCCGUACCCGACCCCACAGGAAGAAGAGAAACUGUCCACCAGCCUGUGGCUGUGGAAGUCCGACAUCGCGGCUCACUUCGCGUUAAAGCGAAAGACGUGUCAAAGAAACUGCGAGACAAUCAAGGGCUCGGUGCUGCUGGGCUUCGACAUGCACGCCCUGAAAAAAGUCAAACACAACCUGCUUUUCGCAGAGGGAGAGCCUGUCAUCAAUUCGUCGCGGAGAUCGGUGGGCUUCAAAUCGGCCGCCCCGAACAGCGAGCAGAAGAGGCAGAGCGAGACGCCAAACCACACCUCACAACUCAGCACGUGCACCGAGACCAUUUCCAUCGACUCAGACUCUGACCCAGAAACCCCCGCUGAGGAGGCGACCGUCGACACAAACCCCGAAAAGAAUUUAGAGUCCGAAGAGCUGGUAAACUUGACUGAAGAAACUCAAUGUGAGGAGUCUGAGGAUGCCCCAAAGGAGACGGACAGCUCUUUGCACGACGGGAAAGAGAACGCCUGCCUGGCUUUGUGUUAGGUCACUAAAGCGGUCUGCUCUCGCUGAGCUGCCGUUUACUUUAAAUGGAAGAAAUGUUUUAACAGAAAAAUCUUGGCCCCGACACGGCUACGUGUCAGGCAAGUAUUUGUUCAAAUGGCGUGGGUCACUGCAUUUCCACAGUCCCUGCCCGUCCAGUUUCAGAUGGAAGGAGAACAGUUAGAAUAGUGCGCAUUUUAUACCACACCUGUCUUUGACCGUGCAUACGUAUGAGGCGACCGCUUUGUUAGAUUCUUCAGUUUGUAUUAUUCACAGAUGAACUGUUAAAUAUACGCCGACCAGCCAAAACAUUGCCAACACUGGCAGAUAAAGCAACGUCCGUCUGGGGAAAACCUGCCGCCCGACGUUCAUAUAGAUGCUACUUUUUUACGCUUUGCCUCCUACCUGAUCACAACCCCUCUUCCCUUUUUAAAAGAUCAUUCCCUAACAGGAGCAGCCAUCUUCAGCAUAAGAAAAAGACACCCCUCCCUAACCCAUAAGGCUCCAAAUAUGUUACUGAAAUCCCAGUAACAGACUGCAGAACACUAUCUGAUAUCUUUUAGUAAUGUCCUGACCGGACAGCACUUGGUCCGGUCUACGGUGUUAUGGCUGAUUGGUGUAUACAAAAUUAUUCUUAUGAUUUACCUACGUUCAUGUUUUAUCCUCAGCUGUGACAAUGAAUUCUUGUUAGUACACAUCUAGAUAGUGUAAGUUAUGGUAAAGGUAUGUUAAUGUUUUAAUAAAAACGUUU